AUCGUUUACUUCGUAGGGUCAUCUCUCUGUUUAUCUCUCAAUACAUCCACAAUCUCCUCCCUCUCUCUCUCAACCUCCGCACCCACCGAAAAAAGAACAAAAACCAACAGAAACCAACGCCUCAUCUCAUUCCUUUGAUUCUUCUCGACCUCAACGCAGGGAUCAACAGAGCGUUCCAUCCAUGGCCGUCCCUACCAAGCUGCCUCUCCUCCUCUUCGUCUCCUCUCUCCUCCUCCAUGCAGCUCUAGCUGAGAUCACAUGCGAGGAGAUACCCAAUGACAUGUGCGCGUUCGCCAUCGCGUCCUCCGGGAAGCGGUGCUUGCUGGAGACCCUCACGUCGGCAGGUGGCGAGGUAGAGUACCAGUGCAGGACGUCGGAGGUGGUGGUGGAGAGGAUGGCCGGGUACGUCGAGGGCGACGAGUGCGUCCAAGCCUGCGGGGUCGACCGGAGAUCAGUCGGGAUCUCGUCCGACUCCCUCAUGGACCCGCAAUUCACCUCCAGGCUCUGCGCUCCCCAGUGCUUCCAGAACUGCCCCAACAUCGUCGACCUCUACUUCAACCUGGCCGCCGGAGAAGGGGUGUACUUGCCGGAUCUCUGCGAUGCGCAACGCGCGAACCCUCACCGCACCAUGAUCGAGCUCUUGAGCUCUGGAGCAGCCCCCGGCCCCGCAUCGGCCCAGUCGUCCACGCUCUUCGCCAUGGCCCCAUCUCCCGAUUCCCUGUGAUGACCGACGAGAGAGACAUAUUCAAUUCGUUCACACGCGUUUUGGUUUUAUUUUGGGUUUUGGCUCUGGUGAUUACAUGUUGAAGGAGGAAUAAUAAAUACAGAUAUAUAUAGGCAAAGAGGGACGGGAUAUUUACUAUGUUGUUAUCAUUUUAUUUCGCUUCCAGAUUUGGCGAGGAUUCUAUACUCGCAACUGAGGAGUGCUUUUGGGAUUGUUCCGAUUUCUCUAAUUCAUAAUAAAAUUCAUUUUUUUCUGAGCUC